GAGGCGGCGACGAGCGUCAAGCGCGCGACCGAUAAGGAGUGACAAGUCAAGCGUCGUGGGACAGGUCGGGACCGGGGCCGCCUUCGCCUCGCCUUCGCCUGGUGCAGGGCCGGAGGCCGGAGCACAUGGUCAUGGUCUACGAAGUGCGCAGUGCACGAUCUCCUCCUGCUUACUGGGCAACUCCAACCAACCGCAAAGGCGAGAACUUUUCUAAUGUAGACUGGAGGAGGGUCAACCAGUUUCUUUGGAGGGGAGGGGGAGGGAGUGGGUCAGGUCGCACUUACUGCCCACCUAGAGGCUUAGAGGCGGACUGUUGGUUGCCCACUCGCGAGCGGAUUGGGCCUUGAGUUGCCUACCUUCAGGCGGAUUGGACCUUGGGUUGCCUACAUUCAGGUCCCACUCGGGGGUCAUGGCCUGCGCGAUUUUCCCCUCUGGACGCGCGCGUGAGUAGAAACGGGCGAGAUAAGUCGGCUAUAUAAGCGGGACGCACCGACGCACCGACGCACCGACGCACCGCCAGCUAAGCCACCGUCCAACGCACUCACACUCAUGGCCCCCGUCAGCGAAGUGCUGGCGCCCGAGCCCACGCUCCUGCAGGGCGACGAGCUGGAGGCGGUGCUGUGCAGGGCGCUCUCCUGUAAGGCCUCCGCCUUCAACCUCCUCGACUACUCCCAGAAACUGGGGUCCGCCGUGAACGGCUUCCUGUCGCUGUGCGGCAGCCUGGCCCUCGAGGUGGAGGGCCCCGACGGCCCGCGCACCCUGCACGUGUUCGUGAAGCGCGCCGACGCCAGGGACGUCACCACCGGCCUGGACUCCUUCCCCAGGGAGACGCUGUACUACAUGAACACCGUGCCCCUGCUGGAGAAGGCGUGGUUCGGCGCCGCCGCCAGGGUCACGCCCGACCUGGGGCCGGCGCCCUACCUGGCCACGGACGACGUGGUCGUCAUGGAGGACCUGAUCCGGCGGGGCUACGCGGGCAAGCCGGACUGGAUCUGGAACGCCCUCGACUACGGCGCGGUGCAGCAGUGCCUGCGGGCGCAGGCGCGCCUGCACGCCGCGUCCCUCGUGCUGGAGCGCCGCGACGGCGUCCGCCUGGCCAAGGCCGUCCCGGACCUCAGAGACGACGUGUACGUCAACCGCCGGCCCGGCAACACGGGACGCAGGAUGUUCGACGUGGCCGCGGACAUCGUCUGCGACUACCUCCUGCCGCGCAUGUUCCACCGACUCAAGGUGCCGCAGACCAAGACGGAGCUGUGGCGGCUGCAGGAUGAGACGCGGGACCUGUUCCUGGAGCUCGACCUGGAGAAGCUGCUCGCCGCCUACCCCGAUGAGCUGCUGGUGCUAUGCCACGGGGACUCCUGGCCCAACAACUUUUUGUUCAAGAAGGACAAGGAGGGCCGCGUGGAGCACGUCGCCCUGGUGGACUUCCAGAUGGUGCGCCUCGGCAUGCCCGCCCUGGACCUGCUCAUGUUCCUGCACGUGGGCACGCGGCGCUGCUUCCGGCGCCAGCACCAGGACAGCCUGCUGCGAGGCUACCACGAGGACCUGCUGCGCUUCACGCGCGAACGCGGCCUCGACAUCUCCAAGGACUUCACGAUGGCCGACCUGAGCAAGUCCGUGGAGCGGCUGUCGUUCGUGGGCAGGGCCUUCAGCUGCUCGUACCGGCCCGUGCUGGCCGGCGACCCCGCCGACCUGGCGGGACUGUUCGUGGACAGCGGCAAGCGGGCCAGCCUCAUGGUGGAGACCGCCACCCGGGGCCCGCUCGUCGCCAAGUGGUACGAGGAGAACGAGAAGUACCGCGACAUGAUGCAGGAGGCCGUGGAGGAGCUGCUGGGCCUCCAGGCGGCCGACGACGCCGACGAGCCCGCGUCGCCCUCCUGAACGUCGUGCAGCAUGGCAUAGUGCGACGCAAAACAGCCUUGUAGUGCAACGAAAUGGCGGUUCCGUACCGUUCGAGUCCCGAUGAUCUGAGGACCGACCUGAGGCCCAACCGAACCCCGACUAGAGUUCAAACUGAGUUCUGGGUUCAAACCGAAUUGGGGUUGGAGCUCGGUUGGGCCCCAGGCCGGGCCGAGAGCGGUCGGAGCUGAAUCGACACGGGGCUCAUGUCGGCCUUGCGGCAAGGCCAGGCAAGGCCAGGCAAGACCCACCCUGGGAGAACCCAAGACGAAUUAAACGGCCGCGCUAGAUGGGUUGCCUGGCCUCGCGGCGGAGGACAGUGUGGCGUAGUGGCGUAGCCCAGCGUCGCAGUCUGCCUGUGAAAUGGCAUGGCAGUGAGCGUGUGAAUAAAUAUAAAGAGUUUGUGAUUUCUCAUACAUUUAAUAACAGUUCUGUAUAAUGACUAGGUAUGAAUAACCAGCACUAAUAUUCGGUUUGAUUUACAUUUAUAUCAUCUAUAGCAUAAAUUUUGUAAUUCCUAAA